UCCCAAGCCGGCCGGGGGCGGGCCGGGGCGGGGCCUCCUGCGGUGACGUCACGCCUGGCUGGCGGCUCAGGGGGCAGAGGCCGCGGAGGGGCCUUGCGGCGUGGUCACCGCCGGGCUGCCGCACCGUCGCGCUCCCAGACCGAGGGAGGAGGUGGCGCGGCCGCGGCCAUGGAGCCCCUGCUAACCCUGCUCCUCGUGGCCCUGGUGGGCCUUCCUCUGGCCCAGGCUCUGGACUGCCACGUGUGCGCCUACAACGGAGAGAACUGCUUCAAACCCAUGCGCUGCCCGGCCAUGGUCACCUACUGCAUGACCACGCGCACUUACUACACGCCGACCAGGAUGAAGGUGAGCAAGUCGUGCGUGCCCAGCUGCUUCGAGACCGUGUACGACGGCUACUCCAAGCACGCCUCCACCACGUCCUGCUGCCAGUACGACCUCUGUAACAGCGCUGGCCUUGCCGUCCCCGGGGCCCUGGCCCUGGCCCCCAUCCUCCUGGCUACCCUCUGGGGUCUGCUCUGAAUCCCUGCCCCCCACCGAAACCUGCUCGAGGACCGAGUUCUGAGGGGCCCAGCCCUGCCUUUCCACCCUGCAUCCCCCACCCACCGUGUGCCCCCCCAGCCACGCCCAGGACUGUCUGCUUGAGGACUCGGUGCCCGCUGCCUGGGCCCUCGCUCCCAGACCAUGACUUCCAUUCUCACGAGGUUGAUGUGGGACCAGGCCUUGGUGGGGGAGCUCGCCCCUCCUCUGCCCAAGGAAGGGGGUGUCUGGCAAAGUGUGCUGCUCCUCCUGGGCCCUCAGUUGGCUGAGGGACACUGAUUUGAGGGGAGACUUGGCCACCUUCCUGGAAGCUGCCACCGUCUGCCCAGUAAGUGUGUGGAGGCUCAGGGGACAGUGGGGACCCGGGAUGGGUGGGGCGACCCGGGAAGAAGGGCUCUGGAGGCUCCCAAGGGCUGUCUCUCUGGGCACGUGAGCUGUCCAGGUAGCAGUGCCAGGAAGCCCCGUGUAGCCAGGCGGCCCUCGGGGCAGGGGGUGGGCUCGUCCUGAAGAGACCCCUCAGGCCCCCAGCCCCAGAAGCCUGGUAAGAGGUUCUUCCCUCCCUCUUGCUCUGCCAGGCUCUCUCCUCAUGCCCCAUCCUGGCCUGAGGCUGCAGGGGGGAGGGGCAGGGCCGAGAGGCUAUAUUUGGUGGAGCCUGAGAGCUGACCCCAGGGCUAUUUUUAGCAGGGAGCUGCUGGGGCCAAACAACUUGGUCUUCAGCCCUGGCCUGCCCCCUAACAGAGGGGGUGAGCUGAGGGGGUGAGCUGCAGCGGGCAUCCCAGUCGGCCUGGGGUGAGGGGGGAGUUGGGGGGAAGUCUUGAGAAGAAGAGAGGGAGGAGGUGUGGGGUGGAGGCUGGGGGAGGCAGAGUCCGGGAUUCAGAUGAUCCGGACCCUCUUCCCUCUGACUCUGCCCUAGGAGAGAAAGAAGUGCACCCCGGGCUGCAGGGCAUGGUCUCCAAGUGCCCCCAACCCAGUGGGGUAUUGGGGACCCUCGGGGGCUCAAGAAUUGGCAUUAUUUAAAGGGCACCCUGCCUAGGUGAACCCCAUCCCUGGCCUGGUUCAGGAAACAAGGGUCACCCAGCAACGACCAUCCUGGAUAAGGGUGGCCCAGGAAGCACGGCCCUCCUUCCAGGGAGCCAGGCUGGGCACAUGCAACACCAUGCCUCCAGCCACACAGUGCCUGCGGCGUCCUCACCUGACCAGUGUCCCCAGCUCAGUGUCUCUGGAGGGGCCCAGGAGUCCCUUCAAAGCUGGCCGGGCCCAGGUCUGCCGGAUUGUGACAAACGCCUAUGUGGUGAGAUUGACCCUGGAGCUUAGAAGCCCUUGGCCCUGAACCAUGGCCCUGGUCAGGGAGCCUGUGCUAGAGAUCGGUCUGGAGAGCCUCCCGCUGUGACUCCAGAUCUCAAGGGAUCAGGAUACCCCAGGAGAGCCUGGGCGCACCCGGGGAGGGGUCCUUGGGCAGAUCUGGUUGGACCUCCCAGAAGGUCUGGGAAGAUGGGCCCCAUCCUGGGCCGUGAGGCAGGAAAGAGCCGCACCGCAAGGAGUGUGAGGUCAAGAGCUCAGCCCCCACAGGACACCUGGGGUCUCCUCUCCCGAGGACCAAUCCUGUGUGAGCCCUUCCCUGGGGGAGGCUGGGAGCAAGCCAAAGCCCGGCCCUGAGCCCCCACAGAUCCAGGAGCGGUCAGCCUCCGGGGAGUAACCACACUCCCCCCACAGAGCCGGCUGGAGGGCCAGCACGGGCCUCUGGAUGUGGAAGGAGUGGAUGUGGGCCUCCAGCACUAGCCGCCCUUGACCUCCUGACUCAGUGGGAGAGGCUUAGGAGCUGUUGUUAGAUGGCUUGUGUAAGACCUUUGUCCUGGGUCAGCUGGCAUCUAGGCCAGAGCUGGGAGGGGCACAGGAUGGGUCCACCCUCCCCUCCAUUACAGUGGGCAUGGAGUGAGAGCCCAGUGUGGCCGCUGUGAGCUCUGGGGCCGUUGAGAGCAGUGAUCCAGGGAGCCCGGCUUGCCACCGUACGGGGUGCUGGUACCUGCCUUCUGCACCCAGCUGCCCGUCCUCCACCGUGACCCGGUCCAAGCCCAGCACCCACAACACUGCACCAGGACCCCCAGGACCAUGCCACCGCCACACCCCACCCCAGCCCCACAGACAGGGCUCCGCCUGGCCCGGCUGUCUUUGAAACCCAGCACAAAGCCCCCGAAAGGCCCUCAACCAAUACUGGGCCAGGCCUCACUGGUGAGGACGGUAACCCACAUCUGUCUGGUGCCCCUGUGGUCAUGGCCCUGAGCACCCCACGCCCACCCUGCAAGGUGGAAGCCAUUAUCGCGCCCCCUUUACAGAGGAGGAAGCUGAGGCACAGAGCCGUGACGUGGUUGCCUGUCUGGCAGGCUGGCCGGCCACCUCACCCCACCCCCACAGGCCUGCCCCACGUGUGCUGUCUUCUCCCGGCAGCCGGGAGCCUGAGAAGGUGAAGCCCAGGAGGUGGGUUCAUGAACUUAAAACAGUCUCAGCCCAGGGGAAAUCACAAGAGCUUAGGGCAGGAAAGCUUCGAAGGGGAAAAUGGGACCAGAGACCUGAGAUGCCGUGAGGACCAGCGGCAGGCGUCUGGCCCGAUGUCAGUGUCCCAGGCCGUGGGCUGGGGUCGCCGAGGGAGGAGGGCGCAGGGGUGCCAGCACAGCAGGGGCAUCUCCCCACGGGGAUCCUUCCAACAGAACGAGCACCCCUGGAUGUGAAUAGAUGCCGGGGCUCCUCCAAGGUCUUUGUGGCAUCUCGAAGCGGCCUGAGUGUCCCUCGGGCCGGCUGUGCUGUACCGCCUCCUGUGGGUGCUGUUUGGAACCUUGUCCGUGGGGCACAGCGCAGAAGCGGGGGCUGUGGGCGCUCACCUGGGGGCACAGGGUGCCGAGCAGCGUGUGCGGUCCGGCCCCGGUGCCCAGAGCCGGCGUCAGGAAGGUGUGUCCAGGGCUGCAGUGCCUGCUGCGGGGUGGGGGGGAGCUGGGGGGGCUGCACCAACCCUCUCACCUCCUUUCCAGCGGCUCGUUUGUUUGAUGAACAUGUAGUUGUUCCCGCUUCUAGACCUCUGAAAGGCUGCAGAGAAAGGGGGGGCCUCUUUCUCGUGUCCCCUCUUCAGUGCGUUCCGUUAGCUCCUACCACUGAACUUGCCUGGAGUUCAUCGUUCACAUCUCUGAGCCUCAGUUGUCUCACCGAUAAAAUGGGAACAAUCAUUCCUACCAAGUGGAGGCCUCGCGAGGAUUAACCAGGCCGUGGGUGUGAGUGCCCAGCACACAGGACGCCUCAGAUGCAUGGACUGAUGGGGGCGCCCCUUCUCUUCAUCGCACUUCCCAGGGCAGUGUCACUGCCAGCAGUUAAUGCUAACCACCAGCCCUGACCCUGACCCUGACCCUGACCCUGACCCAAACCGGCAUGAGCAUCCGCCUUCCGGCCAGAGCUCCCUUUUCCGCUUACACCCCAACCCUCAGAGAGGUCCCCUCGGUAUCUCAUGGGAUGAGUGAAUAAAUGUGUCUGCCCUGC